AUGCCGACGACGACGUGCGAAUGCGUCCACCUCGCGCGUGGACAUCGUCCAAACGAUGUGAAUCAUCCGCACUCGCGAACGCGUGCGCGCGAACGACCGAGCGCGAACGACCGAGCGCGACCGAGCGCUUCGCGCGCGUCGAUGAGCGCCGCGAACGAGCUGUCGCAGCGCAUCGUCGGCGUCUCGCACGACGACGUGGAGGGCGGCGCGAGCGUGGCGCCGAAUGGGUCGACGAGCGAUGGGGUUUUACGCGCGUCGACGAUCACCGACAAUGGGGCGAACGAGCGACGGACGGCGAAGCGACAGCGCGCGCACUCGCAUAAUUACAGUGGGCCCACGCCGAGGGCGGUGAAGGCGUUCUUGGUGGCGAGCGUGGUGACGCUGCUCGCGCUCAUCACCACGGCUGCGACGUCGGGGAAAAUUGAAGCGCUGCGAGAAUCUCUGUCGCAGUACGGCGCCGAGGAAGGGAACUCGGGUGGGCGGGUGGUAAUGGAUGGGAGUGCCCCGCGACGUGACUGCGGGGUGACGCAGGAGGCGUGGAACAAAGCCACGGGACUUGACCGACACGACCCGUGUAGAGACGUUUCGGCGCGAGGGAGCGGAUCAAUCAAGGACGCGUACGAUGCCAUCAAGGGUGAUGGUGAGAAUUCAUGGGCACUCGUCACCGGUGGCGCGGGUUUCAUCGGUAGUGAGGUGGUCAGGCAGCUUUUGGACAUCGGAAUGCGCGUGCGCGUCCUGGACGAUUUGAGCACCGGAUCGCCGGCAAAGCUUGCGUUCGCACAGGCGGCGCAAAAGGAAGGAAGAUACGCUUUCGUCAAGGGAGAUGUUCGCAAGUACGAAGACGUCUCGAGAGCUAUGAACGGUGUCGACUUCGUUUUUCAUCUCGCCGCGGUGAGCAAAGUGAAGCCCACGCUCGAUUUCGGGCGCGAGGAUGUCGUCUUGGCGUGCGUCGAAUCGAACGUUCGCGGGACGGAAAAUGUACUUAGGGCGACUCGAGCGAGGGAUAGUGGUGGGGAUCGACGCGCUCGCUUUGUCUACGUGGGUUCAUCGACGUAUUACGGGAACCAACCUACGCCGUUCGACGAGGAGCGGACGCAUUUGCGGACGACGACGUCGCCGUAUGCGACGACAAAGGCGCAGGGAGAAGAUUUAGCGCGUUUAUACUACUCGUUGUACGGCGUCGAGGCUGUCGUAACGAGGAUAUUCAUGGUGUAUGGGCCGGGCGAACCAGCAGAGGCCGAGCAGGCGGUCGUGACUGGUAGAUUCUUCGCAGCGGCAUCGAAGGGCGAUGCGCUCGAAAUCGAGGGCGACGGGUCGCAGUUUCGAGAUUUCAUUCACGUUAGUGAUGCCGCUCGAGGUAUCGUCCUCGCUGCGUUUGCCGAGGGCGCUCCAGGGAGGACAUUUAACAUCGGUUCCGGUAAGAGCACGACAAUUCUCGACUUGGCUAAGAUGAUUUCGAAAAGACACACGUUCGUUGAUGCGCGCGAGCCAGAUUUGAAGGGCACGCUAGCUUCCACGUGCGCCGCCAAGCGCGUGCUUGGAUUCGAAGCGAAGAUGUCCUUGACGGACUACAUCCGUAAAACGAAGCGCGAGCGCAGUGCAUGA